AUGGGCUGGUCAACUGAGCCCACGGGCCCGGAGUAUCGCUCGGUCGUCUCAGCUACCUGCCGAGUAUAUUGCAAGUGCGUCCAGUUCAGCGUCAGAUGCGAGCGCGAUGCGGUGGUGGCCGGUACGCUCACACCGCCCGCAGUGCACACUUCUGACCGCAGGCCUCUAGGUCACACCUCCCGCCACCCAGCCGGCUUCCGUGCCCUGUCACCGCGGCCAGAUCCCUUCUCCCUGGGAUACUUUGAGGGGUGCCCAAGGCCUCAGAAAUCCCCGGCAUCAUGGCCACGGUACAAGGCUAGAGGGUGA